AUGUCGCAGAAACUAUGCACAUUGAAGUUUACUCUCAGUAGAAAGCAGGGUGGUUUGAUCAUCAGGGAUGUCCAGCUUUGGGGCAACAUGACUUUGAGAAGAAUAUUAAAUCCAGAGUGGAGCGGACACUUUAUUCAAUACGUAGAUAUGGGAAAACUGCCUUUCUGGAUCCGCUCCAAAUAUAUGAACACAUAUAGAUGUUAUAGUACCAGUGGAACCACGCAGGCUUAUUUCAAGUCAAAAUUAAGGAAUGCGAAUCGAGGCAUUGUCAUAGAAUUGUUUGACAAGAUCGAUCAGCAGUCAAAGGAGCCAACAUACCUCAUUAUAUUUCGAAAGAACACAGAAUUAAACUGCCUUCAAGUUGAUUUAACUAUUAAGCACGAACUUGACGCCCAGGUUUCUAAGUUGAAGCAAGAAAUUGGAAAAACAAGGGCGUCAGUAUCAAAAGAGGGUAGCAUUGAUAUAAUAAUACGACAGGCACAACAGAGGAAGAUUGGAACGAAAACUAAAGUAUAUCGCAAUGUCCAUAUUAACGACAAACGCCUUCACUUUAAUGAGACCUUGUCUAAGCUAAUUUUAGGUGGCCUCCGGCUUCGAGGUAUUCUCAAUGUCGUUCCUGACUUUCAAAAGCUAUACAAAAUAACAUUCGAUGCAGCUGAAUUCGCGCACAGAGAUGAAUUGAAGCGCAUUUCGAUGGGUUCUGGCGAAGAGAUCUCCUUCGAGUCAUUGCAGGAAACAGUGGAAACUUUGCUAAAGUUAUUUACCAAAUCAUGA